AUGGCAUCUGCCACGAGCUCGCAUGCCAGCUCGGAUCCCUUUGAUCUGGGUGCUCAUACCCCGCCUAACCUUGCUCGCUUAGCCCGUGCAUCUCAGCUGCGAAAUAGUUCUCCCAUUGUGACCCGUCCCAUUGGUCUCUCUUCAGCAUUCCGGCGGCCGGCAGCAACGCCGUCGUCGCCCCUCAUCCGCCUGUCCAAUGCCGCCGCUACGGAAGGAGCGCGGCGUGAACCCGUCCCGAGCCUGCCCGGCACCACCGAGACCGACGUGCUCCAACCGGUGUCUAUCAUUGAUGCAGCUAACAAACUCGCCGGCGACGAAACCGAUGCCCACAACGCCAAAAUGACGGUUUUUCGGGCCUUCUGCGAAUCAUUCGAGCAGACUGCGAAGCAAUUCACAUCUGGUCUCGAACACAGCUUCGCAGAGCACUUCUCCAACCGUUUUCUCGACCUCUGGAGGCAGACGCCCUCCGAUCUCCGACUCGCAUCUGCGCCGACGUACAGCAGCGUGGCCGCCGGUCGCACCGCAAGCCAGCGGCCAUGUGGCCACUCUCCCACGGCCGCUGCAGCCCCGCAACAAGAGCCACAACAGCCAAUUUCCCGUCUCCAGGGACGACCAAUCCCCGCCCGCCGAAAGAAGACCUCCGGGUUUUGUGCGACUCCCGCCGAAGCACCGGCGAGGGACCACAAUAGCUACGCAAUCCGGACCCACAUUGCCGCCAAAGUCGGCAUCGACCUUCACCAAGUCCCAGCCGCUUUCAAGGUGAACUCCGGAUGGGCCAUCAGAACAACAGAUGCGACCAUUCGGGAUCUUAUCGUCCAACGACAGUCAGAGUGGUCCCAAGACAUGGGCGCGACAGAUGUAGAAAUCAGCCAGAGAUGGUACACCUACGCCGUGGCAAACUGCCCCUAUAUUCUUACCGACCUACAGGGGAAAGAAUUGGACUACGAGCCAGCCGCCAAAGAUGAAAUCGCCUGCCAGACCGGCCUCAAACCCAUCAGGGUGCGCCCCGCCAGGCGCAAGCCGAACGACCCCCUGACCUGUACCUUGAUUGUCUCAUUCCUCGAACCGACUGAUAAGCCCUGGAGGCUGUUUGGAUCCAGUCGGCUCGCCCAAUACAUUGAGAGAUCUAGCCUGCCCAGCCAGUGCGACAAGUGCUGGGACUUUCACGCCCGACACACCUGCGACCGACAAGCAUCCUGCAAGCGGUGCGGACGGCGCGGCCACGACGCGGAAGCUUGCGUGGCCCUCGAGCGGUGCGCGAACUGCCUUGGGCCCCACGCCGCAGACUUUGCGAAGUGCCCUGCGCGCCCGAAGCGAUCACACGGCGUCAUUCGCCGUCUGACGAGAGAAGAUCUCGCGUCCGAGAGCUGGGCGCUCAACUGUCCGCCCGGCGAAAGGAACAAUACGAAAGAGUAG